CCCUUCGCGCAGUGUGUAUAAAAUCCCUUAACACCUCCACAGCAUACUGAACCAGGUUACUGGAGAACUCUCACAUCAAGAAUUCAAGGCGUGGUGAUCUUGCCUUCUCAGGACAUACUUUAAGGACAUAAGCCCUAGGCUGCCGAAGUCUCGGGACGUUUUCGAGAAUAACGCAGCGGAUUAUCUGGACAACUGACCACGGGUCUUGCUUCUCUGACGACGUUAGAAUUGUCAGUGGUCCUUCCAUACCUCAGUUUGACAGCGUCAUGGACGUCAUCUUUGUGGUCCUCGUUCUAAUGACGACUGUUCUUCCUACAACAGAAUCAGCAUGUGCGGUGAACUCCACGAUCUUAUCCUUCAACGAGGAGGUCCCGCCAGGGACUAUGAUCAUGCAGAUUAUCCGAGAGGAUGGGGAGAAAUGGGCGUUCCGGGAGGACGGACCGGAGGGGUACAUCGGACUCAGCACCGACCCCCGGACGGUUAUCUUUACGUUCCUCAAGUCCCCGGAUUUAGAAGAAAUCAACAAUGGGACUUCGACGUCAUCCCGACGCAAUUCUCUCCCUUUCACACUGGAGUGUAUGUUCAAGGGCUGGAAGCAUAUCUUUAAGCAAGAGAUUGUCAUCUUGGACAUCAACGAUAAUGAUCCGUACUUCAGAGGGGGCCCCUUCGUCACCGACAUGAAUGAGAUGACGUCCAUUGGCAGCAGCGUAUUCAACCUUAGAGGCAAAGCAGUCGACCCCGACAUCACGGGGAUGGUGUCAGCGUUUAAGAUCUUGCCGUAUUUUGAUAGCAGGGUUGACGGUAGCAAGUUCUUCACUAUGUCUAAGUCUGGUCAGGAGGUCAUCCUGCAGAGGAAGCUGGACUUCGACGUCAUGGAGGACGCUGAGACCGCCUACUACAUGCUCAACAUCUCUGUCCAGGAUGACGGCUACCCACGACCCCGUUUGGCGUUCACGACGUUGAAGGUGUUUGUAGUGGACGCUGAUGACCAAGGUCCAGCCUUUUUGUACGAAAACUGCCCCCUGGUGGACGGGUACUGUGCCACGCCCUCGUAUGAAGCCAUCAUGGAGUCGUCCUUCCAGGGUGAGUUGAGCAUCUGGCCGGGGCAGAUCCAGGCACGUGACCGGGACUCCCUCAACUACACCAUCGCCUACUCCAUCAUCAAGGUGAAACCCCCAAGCUAUGAGAAGCACUUCAUCAUUGACGAGUCUGAGGGCAAGCUGCAAGUGACUAAACCUGUCCACCGACCCAACAUAGAUACACUCCAUAUUGUCAUCAAGGCUGAAGAGUCAUCUGAGAAUCGGCGCUUCUUGACAGCCACCCUCCGGAUUCAACUCCGCGCAAGAGGCAACUUUUUCAACAACUACCACCCCGACCUCCGCGACAUCCCCAUCAAUCAGAAAUUUUCAUCCGACGACGUGGACAUCACCGCGGGUGCCAAGAUCCCUUUCUCCAUCUUCAUGUCGACCGUCGGUGUGUUCCUCGUCAUCAUGUGUGGCAUGCUGAUCAUCUUCGUCAAACUCGCCCGAGGCAAGCCGACCCAAGACUCACCCCGAUCCUGUGUCCCUCAAGCCAGGAAGGUCUCCGGCGACUCCGCGUCCAACAUGUCCUACAACUCCACCGACACAGCGACAUGCGUCAUGUUCUCCUCCCCCGAGGACGACCGGGACUCCACGACCAGCAGAAACUCCUCCAUAGAACUCGACUUUGACGACGCCAUCUCCUUCGCGAUGCCCAAGUCGGAUGCACAUGUGUCCUCGGUUUCAUUCACGUCCCAGGAGUGCGGAACCUACAGCCCAAACAGCCCCAAGAGCAACCUCAAGGACACCACGGCCGUCAGCCGCUUUCGCAAAAGGGUCAACGAGCUUUUUUCUUUUCAAAAAUGCCGAAAAACCAAACAGAAGUCUAGGGUCCGAUUCGACAUUCGGAACGUGUCGAACUUUUGAUGCAGUGUCCCCGGCCAGAUUCUACUUUCGACCCGUCGAUCUUUCCUACUUUAAAAGUGAUUGUGAAACUAGACAGCAUAGUAAGUCUCCAAGCUGCAUGUACAUAGAGUGUUGAAAAGUGCAGGCGAAGGUGCUAGAUGUGUUCUUCAAGAAGGAACACAGGUUUGACUUCAGAGACACGAGGACUCCCUGAACUGAAUAAUCCGCUGUGUGUACCAAACCGCCACCUCGUGAUAACGUGAUCGCUCCGUCCUUGAGUAUUAUCAUACUCAUCAUAAUGAACGUGGCGAUCUGAUGACGUCAUGUGAUGUUGUGAUGCUGUGACUACCUCAUACUAAACGAACCGCAUCAAUACAUCGUACAAAAUAUACAUGAAUGAUUCACGAAAUUCGUAAUUUAAUUAUGAAACUAUUAUAAAGUAGAUUGUACAGUAAUUUAUGAAGUUAACAAAUUGUAUAUAUUUCGGUGCAUUUUUUUUCCAUUUAGUUUCAAAAUUAUUAAGAGUGAGCCGUCAGUAUUAGGUUAUUCUGACUUACAUGACGUAAUGAGUCGUCUUGUCUGAUUCUGUGUAGUUCAACACAUGGUUCAAUGGUUCAUGCCUUGACUGAAAUUGCUAUACACAAGUUAAUGGUAUGUACAUAUGUAUAUUCUUUGUUUUUACUUAUUUUUAUAAUGUAAGUGUUGUUACCUCGUGUAUAUUACAAUUAAAGUGCCGAUUUCAUCCCUGUAUGUGUUUCAUAUAUAGAGCUUGCCCAUUCUUUGUAUUUCAUCCGACAAAUCUCACCUGUCCAUGUUGACUGCUACACACCUAUGCUGUGUAUAACCCAGUACGUCUGUUUAUACUACAGUUCAUCAUUAUAUGCCACAUAUCAUAUCUAUAUGCCACAGUUCAUAUCUGUAUGCCACAGUUCAUCUCUGUAUGCCACAUAUCAUCUCUAUAUGCCACAGUUCAUAUCUGUAUGCCACAGUUCAUCUCUGUAUGCCACAGUUCAUCUCUGUAUGCCACAGUUCAUCUCUGUAUAUCUCAGUUCAUCUCCAUAUACGACAGUUCAUCUCUUUAUACCACGGUGCAUCUCUAUAUACCACAGUUCAUCUCUAUAUACCACAGUGCAUCUCUAUAUACCACAGUUCAUCUCUAUAUACCACAGUUUAUCUCUGUAUAUCACAGUUUAUCUCUAUAUACCACAAUUCAUCUCUGUAUACCACAGUUCAUCUCUGUAUAUCACAGUUCAUCUCUGUAUACCACAGUUCAUCUCUAUAUACCACAGUUCAUCUCUGUAUACCACAGUUAAUCUCCAUAUACCACAGUUCAUCUCUAUAUACCACAGUUCAUCUCUAUAUACCACAGUUAAUCUCCAUAUACCACAGUUCAUCUCUAUAUACCACAGUUCAUCUCUAUAUACCACAGUUCAUCUCUGUAUACCACAGUUAAUCUCCAUAUACCACAGUUCAUCUCUGUAUAUCUGUAUAUCACUGUAUACCCCCAUUCAUUUCUAUAUACCCCGCUCAUUUCUAUGUAUAACACAGUUCAUUUCUAUAUACCCCGUUCAUUUCUAUAUCAUACACAGUUCAUUUUUAUAUACCCCGUUCAAUUCUAUAUAUACACAGUUCAUUUCUAUAUACCCCGUUCAUUUCUAAUUAUACACAGUUCAUUUCUAUAUACCACAGUCCAUUUCUAUACACUCCGUUCAUUUCUAUAUAUACCAAGUUCAUUUCUAUGGGUAACAGUUUAUUUAUAUAUACCCUGUUCAUUUCUAUAUACCACAGUUCAUUUCUAUUUACCCCGGUUCAUAUUUAUACACCGCAGUUCACAUCUGUACACUCCAGUUAAUGUCUAUAUACCCCGUUCAUUUCUUUAUAUACCAAGUUCAUUUCUAUAUAUAUCCCAGUUAGUUUCUAUAUGCUAAAGUUCAUCUCUGAAUUGGGCGGUCGGGUAGCCUUGUGGUUAAAGCGUUCGCUCGUCACGCCGAAGACCCGGGUUCGAUUACCGACAUGGGUACAAUGUGUGAAGCCCAUUUCUGGUGUCCCCCCGCCGUGAUCUUGCUGGAAUAUUGUUAAUAGCGGCGUAAAACCAUACUCACUCAUUCUUCUCUGAAUACCACAGCUAAUCCCUGUAUACCACUUUUCAUUUGUGUAUACCCCAGUUAUUUUACUAUAUACCACAUUUAAUUUCUUUCAGACCCCACUUCAUUUCUAUCUAAAACCACAUUCCAAUGUCAUGAACCCCGUUUCAUUUAUAUUUUACAGCUCAUCUCUCUAUGUCACACUCCAUUUCUAUAUCUCACAGCUCAGCCAGGUAUCUCAUUUCUCCUCCUGGGGGCACGGGUGACCCAGUCGUCUAAGGCGCCGCAAUUCGCAGUGUAGAGGUGCGUCCCUUGGGCACGCGAGAAACCUAUAAUUGUGGGUUCGAAUCCCGUUUCGCCCCGAUUUUGUUUCU